AUGGGGUGGGGGUACGGUGGAUGGGUCGUCAUAUACGAGGUCCUGCGGGACGAGGCCAAUAUACAACUACCAGAGCAACCCUUGACAAAAGAUGUUGGACGGCAUCCAUCUGCCUCCGCUUCAUCUUCAAAUUCGGAUGGAUCACAGAGGAGACUGAUACCUUUUACGGAUCAGGUAGCCGCCGGCCCUCAAUUCGAGGGUUCAUUCCAGCCAUUUCCGGAUGAUGAAGAUCUGGAGGGGAGUGGCGAUGUAUUUGAGGAGUUGAAGGACGCUAUCACGCCUGGCACCCAACUGACCUAUCCACCAUCGGCAGAUCGAACAAAUCAGGAAAAAGCCGCGAAUCCGCCCGCGAAAGUGCCGGAAGUCGCGAAAUCAAGCCCUCCGCAUCACUUCCCAUCAAUUCUUCUGGCUUCUUCUCUUGUUGUAUUGCUGAUAUUCCCC